AUGUCACGACAGAUCAACCAGCCGUCGAACCAGAUCAAACUCACAAAUGUCUCGCUCGUGCGCCUCAAAAAGGGCAAGAAGCGCUUCGAGAUCGCCUGCUACAAGAACAAGGUCCUCGAGUACCGCUCCGGCAUCGAGACGGAUCUCGACAAUGUCCUGCAGAUCCCCAACGUGUUUCUUAAUGUGUCAAAGGGCCAGACAGCUCCCAAGGAGGACAUCGAGAAGGCGUUUGGCAAGGGGAAAUCGACCGAUGAUAUCAUCCUGGAGAUUUUGAAAAAGGGCGAACUACAAGUCGGCGAAAAGGAGCGGGCCGCACAGCUAGAACGGGUGCACAAUGAGUUGAUAGGCAUCGUGGCAAGCAAGCUCGUCGACCCGAGGACAAAGAGGGUGUACACGUCGGGCAUGAUCGAGAAGGCGCUCGACAUGCUGAGCUCGGCGGCGCACACAAACAGCGCGGACAAGAGCGCCACGGCGAGUGGCACGGCCACCCCGACGACGACAACGGCUGGCGAAGAGGGCGACGCGAAGCCCUCGCGGGCCAAGGAGCACAACUGGACGGGCGUCGUCACGACCAAGAGCGCAAAGAGCCAGGCCCUGGAGGCUAUGAAGGCACUCAUUGCACACCAGCCCAUUCCCGUGGCCAGGGCACGCAUGAAGCUGAGGGUCACAUGCUCCACGAACGUGCUCAAGCAGGCUGUCAAGUCCAGCGGCGGCGGCAGCGGGAAGGGUGCGUCCAAGGAGGACGACGGAGAGCAAAAGGCGGCCGCCCCCGGCACCGUCAAGGACCGGAUCCUGGGCUACGUGGAGCAGGUGGAAAGUCAGGAUGUCAUGGGGUCCGAGUGGGAGGUCGUGGGCUUCGUGGAGCCGGGCGCGUACAAGGCGCUGUCCGACUUUAUUGCGAACGAGACAAAGGGGCAGGGGCGGGCCGAGGUUUUGGAGAUGGCCGUGACACACGAAGACUAA